GUUAGAAAAGAUGCUGAGUGCUUUUCAGUGAGGAGUCUGGGCUGUGUGUGUGUGUGAGAGAGAGAGAGAGAGAGAGGAGGGAAGGAGAAAAGACGGAGGGAAGGAAGGAGGGCGGAAGAGAGAGAGAGAGAGAGAGAGAGAGCGCGAGCGAGAGCUAGAGGUGCUGAAGACCCAGGCAGAGCUGGGAGAGGGACAGAGAACAGAACUGGAGCGCUCAGAGAGCCUCUCAAGAUCUUUUGGGGGGGCCCAAUAAAUGUCAACAUGAGGUCUGUCACUGGAGCUGUCCUCAAGACGCUACUUCUGUUAUCUACUCAAAAUUGGAAGAGAGUCGAAGCUGGGAAUUCCUAUGAUUGUGACGAUCCUCUCGUGUCUGCCUUGCCUCAGUCGUCAUUCAGCAGCUCUUCCGAGCUCUCUAGCAGUCAUGGUCCUGGGUUUGCAAGGCUAAAUCGAAGAGAUGGAGCUGGUGGCUGGUCUCCACUUGUGUCAAACAAGUACCAGUGGUUGCAGAUUGACCUUGGAGAGAGAAUGGAGGUCACUGCUGUGGCCACCCAAGGUGGAUAUGGGAGCUCCAACUGGGUGACCAGCUACCUCCUGAUGUUCAGCGACAGUGGCAGGAACUGGAAACAAUACCGACAAGAGGACAGCAUCUGGGGUUUUUCAGGAAAUGCAAAUGCAGACAGUGUUGUGUACUAUAGACUCCAGCCUUCUAUCAAAGCCAGAUUUCUGCGAUUCAUCCCUUUAGAAUGGAACCCCAAGGGCAGAAUUGGAAUGCGAAUCGAGGUGUUUGGAUGUGCAUAUAGAUCAGAAGUGGUUGAUCUUGAUGGAAAAAGUUCCCUUCUCUACAGAUUUGAUCAAAAGUCCCUGAGCUCAAUAAAAGAUAUUAUUUCUUUGAAAUUUAAAACUAUGCAGAGUGAUGGGAUUCUACUCCACAGGGAAGGGCCAAAUGGAGAUCACAUCACACUGCAAUUAAGAAGAGGAAAACUCUUUUUACUUAUUAAUUCAGGUGAAGCUAAACUGCCCUCCAUUCCUGUUCUGAUCAAUCUCACCCUGGGCAGCCUGCUAGAUGAUCAGCACUGGCAUUCUGUGCUCAUCCAGCGUUUGGGCAAACAAGUCAACUUUACAGUGGACGAGCACAGGCGUCAUUUCCACGCACAGGGAGAAUUCAAUUACCUGGACCUUGGUUAUGAGAUCAGCUUUGGAGGGAUUCCAGCACCUGGAAAAUCAGUGUCAUUCCCACAUAAAAAUUUUCAUGGAUGUUUAGAAAAUCUCUACUAUAAUGGAGUGGAUAUCAUUGAUUUGGCCAAGCAACAAAAACCACAGAUCAUCGCUAUGGGAAAUGUGUCAUUUUCUUGUUCACAACCACAAUCUAUGCCUGUGACUUUUCUGAGCUCCAGGAGUUACUUAGCACUACCAGGCUCUUCCGGAGAGGAUGAGGUUUCUGCCACUUUUCAAUUUCGAACUUGGAAUAAGGCAGGGCUUCUGCUAUUCAGUGACCUGCAACUGGUUUCCGGGGGUCUCCUCCUCGUUCUUAAUGAUGGAAAACUUAAGCUGAAUCUCUACCAGCCAGGAAAAUUACCCAGUGACAUCACAGCAGGUGCUGGAUUAAAUGAUGGGCAAUGGCAUUCCGUCUCUUUGUCUGCUAAAAGGAAUCACCUGAGUGUGGCGGUGGAUGGCCUUGUGGCUUCUGCUGCUCCUUCGCUGGGACCUGAGCAGUUUUAUUCAAGUGGCACUUAUUAUUUUGGAGGUUGUCCUGACAAAAGCUUUGGAUCCAAAUGUAAAAGUCCACUUGGUGGAUUUCAGGGAUGUAUGAGACUCAUUUCUAUCAGUAACAAAGUGGUAGAUCUGAUUUCAGUUCAGCAGGGGUCCCUUGGGAACUUCAGUGACCUUCAGAUAGACUCAUGUGGCAUCUCAGAUAGGUGUUUGCCCAACUAUUGUGAGCACGGUGGUGAAUGCUCUCAGUCCUGGAGCACCUUUCACUGUAACUGCACCAACACUGGUUACCGGGGAGCUACUUGCCAUAACUCUAUCUAUGAGCAGUCAUGUGAAGCCUAUAAGCACAGAGGAAAUACUUCAGGGUUUUACUAUAUAGAUUCAGAUGGAAGUGGUCCCCUGGGACCAUUUCUUCUAUAUUGCAAUAUGACCGAAACUGCAUGGACCAUCAUACAACACAAUGGCUCCGACUUAACAAGAGUCAGAAAUACUAAUCCAGAGAACCCAUAUGCUGGGUUUUUCCAGUACGUGGCCAGCAUGGAGCAACUCCAGGCCACUAUUAACCGUGCGGAGCACUGUGAACAGGAGUUUACUUACUACUGCAAGAGGUCACGGCUUGGCAAUAAGCAAGAUGGCGCCCCUCUGAGCUGGUGGAUUGGAAGAACCAACGAAACACAAACUUAUUGGGGAGGUCCUUUGCCUGAUCCUCAAAAAUGUACUUGCGGAUUAGAGGGGAACUGUAUUGAUUCUCAGUAUUACUGCAAUUGUGAUGCUGACCGGAAUGAAUGGACCAAUGACACUGGAUUACUCUCUUAUAAAGAACAUCUGCCAGUAACUAAGAUAGUGAUUACAGACACAGGCCGACCACAUUCAGAAGCAGCUUAUAAACUGGGGCCUCUACUCUGCCGGGGAGACACUCCGACAAUAGUGACUUUUUCAUUUGAUGUGGGAAAUGGGCCUUUUGAAAUCUCAGUGCAGUCACCCACCCACUUUAAUGACAAUCAGUGGCACCAUGUCAGAGUGGAAAGGAACAUGAAAGAAGCAUCCAUUCAGGUGGAUCAGCUCACACCAAAGACACAACCUGCUCCAGCAGAUGGGCACGUCCUUUUACAGCUCAACAGUCAACUCUUUGUGGGUGGAACGGCCACCAGACAGAGAGGCUUUCUGGGCUGCAUUCGGUCUCUGCAGUUGAAUGGAAUGACCUUGGAUUUGGAAGAAAGGGCCCAGGUGACUCCAGAGGUGCAGCCGGGUUGUAGGGGACAUUGCAGCAGCUAUGGAAAGUUAUGCCGCAAUGGAGGGAAAUGCAGAGAAAGGCCCAGUGGGUUCCUUUGUGACUGCACUUUCUCUGCAUACACAGGGCCAUUCUGCUCCAAUGAGAUUUCUGCAUAUUUUGGAUCUGGCUCAUCUGUGAUUUACAGUUUUCAAGAAAAUUAUUUUUUAAGUAAAAACUCCAGCUCCCACGCUGCUUCAUUUCAUGGCGAUAUGAAGCUGAGUAGAGAAAUGAUCAAAUUUAGCUUCCGAACAACACAAACACCAAGCUUGCUGCUUUUUGUGAGCUCCUCAUACAAAGAAUACCUUUCAGUCAUCAUUGCCAAAAAUGGAAGUUUGCAGAUAAGGUACAAGCUAAACAGAUAUCAAGAACAUGAUGUUGUUAACUUUGAUUUUAAAAACAUGGCUGAUGGACAACUUCACCACAUAGAGAUUAACAGAGAAGAGGGAGUGGUCGUUGUAGAGAUUGAUGAGAAUACAAGGAGACAAGUUCACCUGUCAUCAGGCACAGAAUUCAGUGCAGUCAAAUCUCUGGUACUGGGCAGGAUUUUAGAACACAGUGACGUAGACCAGGAGACAGCACUGGCCGGCGCACAGGGCUUCACGGGCUGCCUCUCUGCGGUGCAGCUCAGCCACGUGGCCCCUCUGAAGGCUGCUCUGCACCCCAGCCACCCAGCCCCGGUCACUGUUACAGGACACGUGACUGAGUCCAGCUGUGUGAGCCAGGCUGGCACAGAUGCGACAUCGAGAGAAAGGACACACUCUUUUGCAGAUCAUUCUGGAACAAUAGAUGACAAAGAGCCCCUAGCUAAUGCAAUCAAAAGUGACUCUGCAGUAAUUGGAGGUCUGAUAGCUGUUGUGCUCUUUAUCUUGCUUUGCAUCACUGCCAUAGCUGUCCGCAUUUAUCAGCAGAAAAGGUUAUACAAAAGAAAUGAGGCAAAAAGGUCAGAGAACGUAGACAGUGCUGAGGCUGUUUUGAAAAGUGAGCUUAAUAUACAAAAUGCAGUGAAUGAAAAUCAGAAAGAGUACUUCUUGUGAUGGGCAGCGAUGAUUUAACUUAUAAUUAUGACCGUUUGUUUUAAUAGCCAGGGGCUCUCAAUGGACAAAAAAAUAAUGUUCUUACACUGAUUGUACAAGUAAUGGAUUUGUAGCACUGCCGUCUUGCCAUGUCCAGUCUUGGAAGGGCUCCGGGAAGAUUCGUCCAGUGACGUAUUUCUCAUAGCAGUCACUCUACGUAACAAGGAAUUAGAGAUUGCUGUUAAUUUCCAACUGUUCCGAGAUGAUCUAAAACAACUUUAACUUGCUUAAUGACUACAGUUUUUAUGUAUGAAAACUGUAGCCCUGCUUUCUUAACCAUACAAUGCAUAAGUUUUGUUAGAGGUAAAAUCAAAUUUGGGCUUAUAAUGACCUUGCUUUAUUUGAGAACAUAUGCUGUGUUUGCUUUAGUCUCCCCAGGGUGUUAUUCAUAGACCUGGAACUGCUUCUCAGAUCCUGUUUGGCUGGUGUUCACAUCUUCAGUGGCCACGAAUAUUUAAAUCUCUUUGCUUUUCUGCGUGUUACAUUCAAUACAAUACAUCAAUAGUCU